CAAAACCGUUGACUUUCUAAUAUAUAAUCUUUGGACCAUUUCCUUAAUUUUGGUCAUAUAAUACCAAUGGCCAACCAAAUCCAAAACCACUUCCAUAGCCAUAAUUCUCUUUAAAAAACAUCAUGAAUAACACCAACACCAACUCCGAUCCAAGUUCCGGUGGGUUCCUCGGAUCGGGUAAUAUCGGAGGGUUUGGAUAUGGGAUCGGUGUCUCGGUAGGUAUUCUUCUUUUAAUUACAACUAUAACCCUUACAUCAUAUUUUUGUACUCGAAAUCAAACAACAGAGUUACCACCAUCAACAAGAAGAUCAAGACUUAGAAUAAUUAAUCGAAGCGCGAUGCGACAUGAUGAUGGUCACGACGACAACAACAACAACAACAAUUGUAUAGUCGAUAUUAUUGGUCUCGAUGAGACAACACUUUCGAGUUAUCCUAAGUUGUUAUACUCUGAAGCUAAAGUAAAUCACAAAGACACAACAGCUAGUUGUUGUUCAAUAUGUUUAGCUGAUUACAAGAAUAAUGAUAUGUUGAGAUUAUUGCCUGAUUGUGAACAUUUGUUUCACUUGAAAUGUGUGGAUCCUUGGCUUAUGUUGAAUCCAAGUUGUCCUGUUUGUAGAACAUCUCCAUUGCCAACACCACAAUCUACUCCUUUAGCUGAGGUUGUUCCUUUGGCAACUAGACCUUUGGGAUGACUGACUCGAUUAAUUCAGAUUCAUGCAGCAUAAGGAUCAUUAAGGCAGAAACACGCUUUUUACGAGAGAUUUCUUCAUUGGUAAUGACAUUAGUUUAUGAAUUUAAGCUUUGUGCACUGUCAGUGUACAAAAUAUUCUACACUAUCAGGUAAACUUGACUUGCUAUUGCGGGUUACCUAAUUUUUUCUUUUUUAAUUUUUAUGUAAAUAACUGGGUGAUCACCCGCAAUAACAGAUCAAGUUAACUGAUAUUGUAGAAUAUUUUUAUAGAUG